UCCGUCGGUGGUCAUGAAUCGUGCGGCGGAAGAGGUCCUCGCGAGCCGGCUGCCGCCGUCGUCGUCGUAGUCGUGUAGUCCUAGUCAUCGUCGCCGCGCCGUUAUGUUAGUCCUUAUCGUCGCGCGGUAUUCGAGUUUGUGAAUCUUUGUAAUCGUGUUUCAUAGUUUUGUCAAUGGUCGUCGUGAUGGUGAUCGUGUGGUACAUGGGAUCCCUUUGAUCGUCUCGCGUGUGGUCGAUUCGAGCGCGACUGUACCGAUCGAACUCCGGCGGUGUUGUUGCGUUUACCGUGUGACGAUCGACAGUGGUGUUUUGCAAGUAAGAAAUGGGCUUUGGUAGGCGCGUGCCGCGUCGCAGUGAACGUUGCGUCGCUGAUCGCCGACAGCGGCGCCAUAACGGGGCGCGUUCGCACGCGAUCACAGUGUGAGACGAGAAAAAAAAGAAGAAAAAAGAAGAAAUAGGUGCGGAAGCUGGUUACACGCCGAUCAAGGAGGAAGAGAGUCUUCUUUUGCUUGUUUUGGUUUUUUGUUCAAUCAGUGUCGUGAUUAUCGCCGCGUGUAAGCACGGUCGUACGGAGAUUGUGCUGUGCCCACAGAGGAAGAACGAGAGCGCGCCGAGGGCUGAAAAUGUGAGAAAACUUAUUGUUCCGGCUGGUUGGCGGGACACCGGACGAUUUCGUUGACAAGAGUGACAACGGGCUAGUGGACACAGAUCCAGGUCGAGUUAGCAACAUGACAGCCAUCAACUCGGGUCCGGUCGGGGAAGUGGGCGGCGUCAGGCUGCCGUUGCAAUCAUUACAUGGGUACGGAUCUGUGUUCAUGUACUCGGCGUCGACGAGUCCCGGGGGUGGAGGUGGCCAGGGUGGCGGAGGCGGAGGUGAAGUGACCCUCCGCCUCCGCGAACCUGAGGAUAUUCCCGAAGAAGUUCUUGCACGCCUCGAGGACACGGCCACCCUCUCCAUCUCUCUUCAAAGCGACGCAGUGUUGAGGCUGGGGGCAGCUGGCACGGGAAACGGGAAUUUAGAAUUGUUCGAUAGUGAGAGCGGGCCGGACCUCACACUAUCACCUCAGACCUUCACGUCGACGGCGGAGGCCUUCAUCAAUGACAAUAGUGAUAGUCUUGGUGUUCCAGGAGACAACGAUACGGGUAGCAGCGAGGAAUCGAGACCUGGGGGUGGGGAUCCUGGAAAGUUGGGGGUGAAGAAACCAAGACCGAAGGCUUCGUCGCCCAACCGACAGGGACCACAGCAGUGCCAGGUCUGCGGGAAGGUGUUCAACAACGCAUCGGCGCUCACGAAGCACAAGCUGACGCACAGUGACGAGAGGAAAUACGUGUGCACGAUGUGCGGCAAGGCGUUCAAGCGGCAGGACCACUUGAACGGGCACAUGCUAACGCAUCGGAACAAGAAGCCGUACGAGUGCAAAGCGGAGGGAUGUGGCAAAUCGUAUUGCGACGCGAGGAGUCUGAGGAGGCACACGGAGAAUCAUCAUGCCGGUAGCAAGGUGAACGAAAGCGUUAGUCCUAGCAGUCCAACCACCGGUCCUCACACACCAAAUACACCGGGAAGUAAUCCCAGCACGCCAAGCACACCAGGAGCGACGUCGACGCCCAACGGCCAUGGACACCCGGCCUUAAAACAAUUGCUCGCCACGGAACCGUCACAGGCGCAGCAGCAAAAGAGUGCCACGUCUCCUGGUGCUAGCAACGAUGGUCUCACGAAACAGCAACUGGAGCUCAUUCAACAGAUUAUGCAACAGACGCAGCAGCAACAGCAACAACAGCAACAAACAUCCGCGCAACAGCCACAGCAACAACGCAGCAAUUCAUCAAGCACAGUCACAGCGCAGAUUCAAAAAACGCAAAAACCGUCCGUCAAGUCCACAACUUCAUCUGGCAGCGUUUCGAAUAAUUCUGGAAGUUCAAAUGCAACAAAUAACGCGAGAUCCAGCCCCAAACCUAAAGUCUGGAGUCACGUACAGCAACAGCAACAGCAAGCACAGCAACAAGCACAGCAACAGCAACAGCAGCAACCGCAACAACAGCAUCAGCAACAACAGCCGCAGGCCAAUUCGCCAGGAGGUGGAAAUGUGGGGAAAAGCAGCCCAUCGCCGGGAAAUUCGGCAUCCCCUGGCACUGUGACAGCGUCCAACAAGUCGCAGACCGAACCGAAACCGGUCGAGUGCAAUUUGUGCCAUCGAAAAUUCAAAAAUAUACCGGCACUCAAUGGCCACAUGAGACUCCAUGGCGGUUACUUCAAAAAGGAUGCUGAGAACAAAAAAAGCGAGAAGAAAGAGGUUGUUGGUCCGCCUUUACAAACUGCGUCUGUCAGCGUUAGAGCGCUCAUUGAAGAAAAAAUUAUACAGAAAAGAACGACUGCAGCGGACACAAAUUCAAAUCAACAGGCACGCACAAACGCAACAGUUUUUACCACCCAAGCCGACAAUACGUCGCAAAUUUCCGGUAAAACGAGUUUCGCGGUACCAGCACCGCCUCCAUUGGCCUCCGCGGAAAAGGUCCGCAGACUUUCGGAUGGCGAGCACUUCCGGCAGCCCAAUGUCACCGUUUCCGGCCACACGACCGUGCAAAAACAGCUACAGGAAGCGCAGACCCAGGCUCAGGCGCAGGCGCUGGCCGAUAUGAUCUUGAAGGGAACCACUAAAAUGGCUGUGAAAAGAACAACUUCCGACCCCGGGCAAAGAUUGCAUCUGACUUAUCAGACAUCGGUUCAAUCGACGACUAGUCAGCAGCAACAGCAACAGCAGCAACAGCAACAACAGCAGCAGCAGCAGCAGCAGCAACAACAGCAAAAUAAUCAGGCUCAACCUCAGCCCACGGUUACUGAAAGUUUUUCAAUGACAGGUUACUCUGAAGACGGUGGUUAUUUUAGCCCAAGCCUUCAAGAUGAGGUGUUUCAACAAGUCACCGCGGUUCCCGACAGCGUUCUUCUUCAUGCUACUCAAUUGGAUUCACUUCAAUUUCAGACAGCAAGCCUGUUACAAGAACAGCCUGCUGAGCAAUUGCAAGACAUCACACUGGAGGACCGAUAUCCAUCGCAGCACACAGUGAACCCAGAUCUGCAGGCAUUGGUGAACUCCCCGUUGCCAGACUCGUUAGCCGAGUUCAGCACGUACGGUGCCCAAUACACCGAGAGCCCGCACACGUUACCCACUCAGUCUCCUCUGCCAUCGCCCUUGACGAGACACGACAGCCCGAGUUUCACAUAUCCAACGCCGCCAGCGAGUCAGGAGGGUCUUCUCACGGGCAGCUUCCCCCUGCUCAGCCCUCAAGAGGAUCCGGAGACCGUGAGACAAGUCUCGUCACCGUUGUCCGCGGCUUUCUACGCUAGCACCAUGUCCUCAGCGGCAGCUGUUGAGGAAGCUCUGAGCGAGGUGUUGCCAGGCGAAUCCGAAGCAGACACCGACCUCUACGGGUCCGGUUCACCUAAUCCUCACUCGCCACUGCCAAGCCCGUUAUCGGCGACCCCAGCACCGUCGCCGUUGUCCUCGUUGCCGCCCUCCUCGGUCUCGUCACCUGGGCCCGUGUCGUUCACCGGGACGAGUUUCCCCGUGUCGCCGCAUCACGCCCUCCAGAAUCAGAUGAUGCCCAACUCGGAGGAUCCCCUGCUCUCCUCGACCCCGAAAGACUUCACCACGGCCAGCCGGAGACGGUUCGAGUUCCAAUCGUACAAAUUUAUCACCAGCCAGAACUUGGUCGACUUCGGGUUGGGUAACGGUAGCCUGGCCGGGAUCGUGGUGGACAACAACGGCGAGUUCAAGCUGAUCCAGACGGCGGGAUUGCAGAAGACGAACGUUCUAGUGCAAACUGGCUCCCUGAGCCCCGCCCUCACGUUCAAGAAGGAGAUGCGGCUGGCGACACCCAAGAUGGAGCCUGUCACCGUGAACCUGGGCCUGAACGUGCAGACCAACCAUCAGUACAACGCCGGCCAGUUCAAUCAGCAGCAAGUGGUGAACCCGACCAAGUUCCUCAUACAGACGAACGUAGCCAAGAAUAAUAAUCUGAGGCAGAAGGUGGCCAGUGGAGGGAACCUGCCCAUCCCGGUUGAGCAGAUCAAGGAGGAGCUCUUGGACGAGGACGUCUUUCUUAAUCCCAGCAACGUGCCGGCUGGCAGCCCUGUCAGGCAGUGCAGAAAAAGGCCACGCAUGGACGGAGGGGGCCUCUACGCGAGCGCUUCGUAUCCGUCUAGAUUGAGGAAAGCCUGCGACAGGCAUUGGGAUAGUAGCUACACGCCGCCACCGAUCUUGGAUCCUUCCCGCCCUGGGCCUGGCCUGUACGCCAGGCUGCAUCAGUACGAGAGGGAUUCUGAUUUCAGCUCCGACGAUUCGCAAGGGAACGAUGGCCCUCCCCCUAGAAUUAAUAUCGGCACGAGGUAUCAGGCUACGAUACCGCCGGUCGGCAGUGACGGGGACAGAGGAAAGGGGGAGCCAGAGGCCGACCAUCUGCUCUGGGAUCCUGGUAUAAAUAACGUGCUGACGGAUAACGAAUUGGAUAUGUACCUACAAUUUGCAUGCUGCGCCGCGGUACCAGGUGGAGGAAGAAACAAAGAAUACGCGCUUCAUCUGCUGCACAUGUGCAAAGGGAAUAUUCAUGAGGCCAUGCUGAAGUUGAUGAGACCAACACCUCCGUUGCCAGCGGAACAUCCGUUGCUCAGUUACGAGUGUCACGAGUCGGACAGAUGGACGUCGCAAGAGAUGGACGCAUUCUAUCAGGGCCUGUUGAAGUACAACAAGGAUUUCUCUGCGAUCUCGCGAGACGUGGGUGGCAAGUCCGCGAAACAAUGCGUGCAAUUCUAUUAUCUGUGGAAGAGGCUCUGCCCGGACGAAUACAGCAGACUUCGUGUUCGCCACGGUAAACCAAAGAUUAAGACAGAGAGCAAGGAUUGCAAGGAUACCAGGGAGCUUCGCGACGCCAUUGCGUCGGUCACGGAGAUGGACUUUAGCGAAGACAAAUCUAUUCUUCAUCGCACUCUGUUACAGACAAAUGAGAGAGAAAACUCGGCUACUCUGACCACCAGCGACGGAGAGCUGAGAUUAUUUGCAUACGACUGCCCCGAUAGCUUUAGCGGAAGUGUAACAGUAACGAUGGCCGGGAGCACCCAAACCGCCCAAACCGGCAAUACCGGCCACGCCACAGUCAACACCAACUCACAAACUCACACUAGUUCUGAGCAACAACUACCCGUGCCCACCCCACUUCACUACCCCUGCAAGAUUUGCGGGAAAGUUUUCAACAAAGUGAAAAGCAGAAGCGCGCACAUGAAAUCCCACAGGCCGGUACCCUCGCCCGAUUCAACGGGGCAGGAAUCUAAGAGGCCUGUCCAACAGCAAUCCAAGACGCAACAAUCCCAACAAUCCAUCCAGCAACAGCGUCAACAGCAGCAGCAGCAGCAACCGCAACAGCAGCAGCAGCAACAACAACAAGCGAGCAGCGUUUCAUCACAGGCCCAAGAUUUCAAUCAGCAGCAACUGCCUCCCAGCAACGGCGACACCGGCGCUCAGAACCCAGCGCAUUUAUGGCACAAUCCGACACGGUUCAGGCCACCAUAGGACGAUGCCCAGCCGGUUCAACUAAAGUUACCUUAACGAAGGCUGUAACGGUACGGUAGGAAAGUAUUUUACGGUCGCGCGAACUACGCAAUAGAACAGGCACUAUACUAUAAAAAAUAGGAUAGAAAAGAAAAAAAAAAAGGGGGGAAUGAAAAGAGAACAAUAAAUUCACGAAUCGUCGAAAGGAUCGCCGUCAGACGAUCACGAUGGAGGAGAACGUUAAGAAUUAGGUGAUCUCCCCAAAUGUCGUCCGCCAUUAGAGCCAAAGUGUCUCUGACAUCCUUCCUGGCACAACAGGCGAAACAAUUUUAGGCGAGAUAAAGUAAACGGACACUUCCACGAUAGAUAAUAUAGUUCCAAGAAGAAAGAUGAAAACGAAGAGGAGAAGGAAGGGAAGAGUAAUAAUGAAAAAAGGAAAAAAAAAAAAAAAGAAAUAAAAACGAGAAUACCUCUUAUAAUACGCACUAUGGACCUGAGCGAAGCGAAAUCCCGCGUGUUCUCUGCAGCCAGGCCAGCCAUACACCAUAAAUUAAAUACCUACGCGAUCAUACAUAUGAAAGAAGUGCGAAACGCGUGCAUCGAAAGAUGAAGCUCGCGAGGUACCUCUAUCGUCGUUGAUCGAAAAACAAACUCUCUGGCCAGGAUCGAUUCUUCUAGCUUCUUUCUUUUCCUUUCUUUUCUUUCUUUUUUUUUCCCCCCUCGAAGAAAUCUAAACACACAGAAUCGAGACGAAACGGGGAUAGAGGUCCCUCGAGGGAAUUGUACUUCGCAGCCGUAGUCGAAGCUCUGUUCAACGAGGAGACAGGGUAACGGAAGUCCUUCUAUUCGUGUUAGAAACGUGGAAUGGACGAAACGUCGCGACGGCCACCGAUCAAAAUCGAUCGAUUGGAUCGUCGAUGGGAUAAUAAUCGAACGUGCAAGCUUUCUAUUUCUUUGUCUUUUUUUUUUUUAAUUUCAUUUUCGUUUCUUCGAAGAGGAAUAAUAUUGGAUGAACCUAAAAAUAUUCUAAAGCUCUUACGCGAACGUCAAUGUAUACGUCGAUAUUUGUUUCUUCAAAUCUUUUUAUUUUUCUCGACUAGUAGGUAAUUAACAGGGGCUAAAAGUUCAUUGGACGAGUUGAAUGGGGGAAUUGGUCACGAUUAUUCGUGGUUUUCGAUGUGUACCUAUUAUGACUAUAUACGCACGUGAAAUGUUUCCUGGAUUGUGCCACAAGACAUUACAACUGUUACCUGUUGCUCCUCCUUGUCAUUCUUUUUUUUAAAUCAUUUGCCUUUCUUUUUCCUUACUCUUACUUCUUUUCCUUUAUUCUUCUUAUUGUUUAUUAUACAUAUAUAUAUAUAUGCGCUCACGGGAAUCAGCUCACGAAUCGAAAUAUUUAAUCCAUCAAGAAUCAAAACUUGAAAAUCUUUGGAGAAGAUUUACUCUAGAUAUAAAGUAAAAAUAUUUCUAUUCGAAUAUUUUUCAACGAUGGGAGGGAAAAAAGGGACGUAACGUGAUCAAAAUUUGUUUUAGUUUUAAGAAAAAUGAGGUCAGAAUUAAAGAAAAAAGAAAAAAAGAGAAAGAAAAAGAAAAAUUGAAUCGAAGAAUUUCGUUAUUUUAAGAAAAGAUGAUGAUCCGUGAACCGGAAUCCGUCGUUCUAAAAUUAAUACGACUUGUUGCACGUUCGCUCUAGUUCUACUUAGUUUAAAAUUAAAUUAGCGUAUUUAAAUGUCGAUAAGUAAGCGAUCAAUUGUCAAGAGAAAACGUUCGUAGAUUUGUUGAAGCUCCCCAAGAUUUUUGUUACCUCUGUUACUUAAAUAUAUAUAUAAUAUAUAUAUUAACUAUAUUUGUGUCAGAAUAAAUUUUAAUAUAUUAUAUAUAUAUAUAUAUAUAUAUACAUAUAUACAUAUUAUACAUAUGUAUAAACAGAUCGAUGUAAUUUGAAAAACGAUUUGUAGCCUAGAUAAAAUAUAGUUCUAUCAUAGAAGAAAGAGAGAGAGAAACUGAGAGAGAGAGAGAGAGAGAGAGAGAGAGAGAGAGAGAGACGUUGUUCAAGUUUCACUUCGGCUCGCGAUCGAUCGUGCGAUCGCGAUCAAACUGUAACAUAAUUGAUUAUAUACAUACAGCCAUGAAUACAUUAUACAUAUAUAUAUAUAUAUGUAUGUACGCGCAUCGAACGAACAGACACGCGGUAGAAAGCGUUUAUUUAUUAAAAUAUGAAUGGAAAUGAAAAGGAGAAAGGAGAGAAGCGUGAGAAGGGGAGUGAAGAGGAUUAUUAUUCGACUAACAAUGAUAAACGUUAGAGAUCAUCAACUCUAUGUGUACAUAAUCCGUGUACAUGUCUGUACAUAAUUCUAAACGUCAGUGUCUGUAUGUACAAUUCGAAUGAAUUUUAAACGCAAAAAUAAAAAAUAUACGUAGGCUAGGUUUUAGGUUGUUUUAGGAGGGAUAUAUAUUAUAAAUAAAGUAUAUAUACUUGGCUUGAUUUUCUACCUUACUAGGGACUACGAGGCGAGACUCUUGGGGCAAACUUUUUGUGUCGCCUGGAUUAUCGUAAUCUUUAUCAUUUCAUCUUGAAUAAAAAUAACGAUGUUCCUGUAUGUAAGGUGCCUUAAAUGAUCGUUUGUGUUUGAAAAAAAUGACAGAUUGUUUCUCUUUUUGUAUUUUGAAUUUUAUUUGAUAAGCAUUUUUAAAUAUAUAUAUAUAUAUAUUUCGAAUAAUUAUUUUAAUGAUCAUCGUUUGAUUAACAUAAGUGUUAUCAUAAUAAAAUUUCAAUGUUAUAUUUGUUUUAAAUUAUGUUUCAUUAUAUUGCUUUUGUCUGUUUUCAGUAUACAUGUAUAUAUAUAUAUAUAUAGGAACAUCGUACGUUUUCGCGAUUAAAAUAAUAAAAGAAACGUGUUGACACGAGCCUCGUACAAUGUUUCACGAUUCGUGUGAACGCGGUAACGUGUUCAAUGCACAUACGUCGAUACGCUGAUCGACACAUUUAAUAGAUUGUUAUUCAAGAGUUUAUCCGCCGAUCGUAGCUGCUCUAACUCUACCUUAAAGAUAUUGUUAUUGUUAACACUCUUCUUCUUAUUAACUUUUACCAUUAAAAAAGGAAUUAAAGGAAAAAAAAAAUCAUGAUAUACAUUUUAACUUUUUAAACUUUUCACGUGUAAAAAAAGGGGAGAUAUGCUAGAGAGAAAGAUGAGAUGCAAGUGACUGAGGAUACUUUUAAAAGAAUCUGCCAAGUUUUGAAGGGAAACAAAAAGGGAGAAGAUAAAUGAAAGAAAAUUGAGGAUCCAUGUAAACGAUGGCUUUAAAUUUUCCAAUGUUUUUUUUUCUUUCUUUUUUUUUUUAGUUCGAAAAUAUGCAGGCGAAGAAUGUUGUAACGUUACGUUAUUAGAGAUGGCGUGCGUAACAGAUAGCAUGGAAGAUAUGAAUGCGAAAGAUCUAGAGAAACGACGAAAAAACUUUCGUUUAACGUUCGACAUUCGAGGGAAGAAUUCAUUGAAUUUUAACAAGCUUACGAGAGAAUCGUCUGUGUCUUUUAUGCGUGUGUGUCUUGUGUUUCUUCCAUGUUUUCCCUUUCCAACCCCUUUCAACCCUCUGAUUCACUGGCAAAAAGAAAAAAAAAAAAAAAAGAAGAGAAACGUGUAACGCGCUGUUCAAACGAUAAACGUUCCGGCCACGCACCAUUCGUUCAUUUACAGACAAGAAUUGCGUAUCGAUAGAAGAAAGACGUAUUACCAAGGGCACCAUUCCAUCUAAAGAAAAAAAAAAAAAAAGAAAAAAAAGAAAAAAAAAAGAAAAAAAUCAUCUCUCCAAAUAAGAAAAUCGCGCAAAAAAGUAAAAUCGAUCCUUAUUUUCAAUAAGUACCUAUAAAACGUUCCAUGAACACGCAACGAACGAACGAACGAACGAACGAACGUUUCGUUUAAAGAGAGAUAUUUUUAUCACGUUGAUCGAAUACUUGAUGGACGAUGGUGGAGGAAGGAAAAUAGUAUUUUGUCGUUUAAAAUUUUUGCGUGUAUUUAUUUUUCAAUCGCUAAUUAACCAGAUAUAAUUACGGCCCAUGGAUAUACUUCUUUUACGACCAUGAUGAGGAACACAUUGAUGAUUUUAUAAACUCUGAGUGAACGGCCUCCAGUGGUAAGGAUGAAUAGCGUAGGGAGAGGGAGGGAAAAGAGGAAUAAAUCGAAUAGCGAUAAAUCGAGAUCGAUAAUCCUAGAAAUCUAAUAAUUAACUAUACUAACUAAGAUCCUAGGCGAUUCGAGUCUUAAAAAUAAGUUCAGUUUAAGGUGUAAAACUGUUGAUAUGAAUUCCGACUACAGGUUCGGUGAAUAAGUCGAAUGCAACAAAAUUAGCAGACAUAUCAUUUAAGACAAUACACUUGUUACAGAAACUACGUUUCUACUAAUGUAAUUCUUAUUAUAUGUAUGUAAUCUAACUCUUAAUCGGACUUAGAGAGAUUCGAGGUAAAACGUGGCGUAGUUAGUGAUAAAAGAAAAAAGAGAAAAAAAAAAAAAAGAUGGAAGAAUGGAAUGGGAGAAGUGAGGAGAAAGAAGAAAGCGUUCGUAUUAUAUUAAUAUUGAAAAAUCAAAUCCAGAGAGUCAAUUGUUGACUAGUGUUAAUCGUUGAAAUAAUCUGAUCGAAUAUUUCAAUAUCAUUUCUACUCGAACCAAACAUUGUAACAUUUUGUAUAAUUUCGUCAAAUUGUGUUACGAAUUUAUAUACGAAAGGACAAAAUAACGAUGUACUUAAUGUGGAUAUAUGUUAUUAAUUAACCUCUUAAGCUAAUCUAAGGUAAAAUUAUGUACUUAAGAAAUUAUUCUUUGUUCUUUCUCGCGUAACGCAAAAAAAAAAAAAAAAAAAAAAGAAAAAAAAGAAGAAAAUGUUCGACACUCUGGAUUUAUUUAAGCGGCGUUUAUAAAGCGAAAGGCAAUUCUGGAGGCUGAUUACUCAGAAAUCGAGGAAAGGUUAACGAUAAAACGAAGCAAUGAAACAGUAACGAAGAUAUGCAUGAAUUGUACAAACGAGUCCCUCCACGUCACAGAAAAAAAGAAUGAUAUAUAUAUAUAUCUAUAUGAAGAAUAUAUAUAUAACAAAAAAAAAAAAAUGAUAAAUAUGUGAUGUAUUUAAAUGGUAUGUGGUAUAUGGUAUUACAUAUUUGUACAUAGGCGGACCCGUGCCAUCAACUAGUGAGUUGUACCGAUAUUGUACUGCCAUUAGUCGAGUUAGUGGGUAACAUCGAGUGAAUGAAUUAUAGAUUAACGAUGAAACGGAUUUUCGUUUCAUUUUUUUUGUUUUUCCUUUUCAACGUUAAAAGUGUAUAGAUGAUGAACGAAACGAAUAUAAUGGAUUUAAAUUCGAAGGUUAUAUUUUAAUUCUGUUCAUGUUUAACUAGAUCGUGAGUGAAAUUAAUUUUUAGCGAAAAUGUAGUUUAAACUUGAUAGAAGACAAAAUUGUUAUGCGUUUUUUAUUUAAUAUUAUAUUAGAUGUUAUCGACAAUUAUUUAAGCUCGUUUCAAAAAAAAAAAGUGUAGUUUGAAUUUCUUUUUUUUUUUUUUUCACAACACGCUGAUUAAUUUUGAAGCUUCGAGCAAUGUCGUGAAGUACAAGAUUAUUUAAUAAUAUAUGUAUGUUAUAUUAGUUAAUUUAACCGUGUUAAGCAAACUAUAAUUCUAUCGUUACCAUUGUUUAUUGUGAAUCCGAUUAAUUAUUCGAUUAGUCAAAUUUUAUUAAUAUUUAUUUUACACGCCAUAACUCGUAUGUUUGCAAAAUGAGAAUAAUAAAAUUGUCUUAAUAUAAUUGAAGCAAUGGCGAGAUUACGUUGCGAAAAUAUAUUGGUACAACUCGGCGAAGAAAGUGUAGCGUGGUUAUACACCUGAGGAAUGUGCUCAAAAUACUGUAUUAAAGAGAAAAAAAAAAAAAAAAUCUACUAAAUGAUCAUCAACGUUUAUGCAAGAAAAAAAAAAACUACUCUUAAACAAGUGAAAAGUUAUUUAUUCGAUUAUAUUGAUAUCGUAAUCUAUUGUCCUCUAACCUAUUACCUACUUUAAUGUCUAUCUCUAUACGCCAGCAUGGUUCUUUAUACUCUUCUAUUUGAUGUUAAUACACUAUUCUCUAUUAUAACUUUUACUACGACGGAGAAACAAACGAAAUGUAUUGUUAAAAUAGUGUUUUUAAAUGUAUUCGAAGUGCAUGGUCAGCUGUAGGGGAGCCACGGAUACGUAAUGUCGCGUUUCACAUGAGAACUGGUCGGUCGAUUCGAUUCGAAACGAUAAAAGAGGAAAAAGAAAAAAAAAAAAAGAAAAAACUGAAUAAAUUCAUAAAACGCGAAGCAGUAGAAAUCUUUGAUCUCUUUUGCACAAAACUAUCGUAACUCUUUACCUUUUUCUCCUAACGAUUUGUAAGAUUAGAUUUCUUUAAAUAACACGUCAAAUAUUAACCUAUUUCGUUCGUUCGAUACGAAUAUAAUAAUCUUCUCGUUCAAAGAUCCCUAAAACAAUUCUUGUCCACAAUCUAUUUUGAUCGUAAGAAAAAAAAAAAAUAGAAAAUCAUUUGGAUGAAUGUCAGGGCAGCACGGUGCAAAGUAUUCAUGUGACGCGGACAUUUUCUAUCGCACGGUUAUUAUCGCAAUAAUUACGAUAGAGUGAAAGAAGAAAAUGUGUGCUCGGUAGCAAUAUCGGUGUGGACGUGUGUCCGCACUGUCGUUGUUUUUUCCACUUCUCUGCUCAACUAGUUCUUACCUGUAAGGAGUAGUAAUGUAUACAUUAAAUAUCUUCGUCACCGAGGUUAGUCUUUUAAACAAAACAAUAAAAGAAAGAAAAAAGAAACACAAAGUUCUCUCUCCGACUCUUGUAUCGUCUUUUGCUCAAAAAAACUCGCGGAAAAUAUAAAGAAGUUGAAGAUGCCGGUUUUGUUCCGGUCGAAAAAAAAAGGCGCGGUCGAACCUCUCGUAAUUCUACAAAAAUUUAAAAAAAAAAAAAAAAAAAAAAAAAAAAAAGGAAAAAAAAGGAAAAAAAUUUGCAAUGAUAUCGCUCAAAAGUUGGUGCCAUAAGCAAUAUGGACAAUAUAUUAUUAAUUGUGUUAGAUGACGUGUGCGCUAACUACAGCUGGCCGAACAAGAGAUUCCAUUUUAAGGGGAUCUAGGGACGAAACGUCACGUGAUCAUCUCUCAUCUGAGCGAUGUUAUCAUUCAUUUUACACCCAAUGUUUCAAUAAAUGUAUGAUCUUGCUUCUUUCAUCUCUCAAUCCAUCAAAAGUUCGGAUUAGCAAGUAUAUAUACCACUUUUAGCUGUAUUCCGUAGAUUAUUCUCUAUCGAAUAUUCUUUCUCGACUAAAAAAAGAAAAAACGAAAAAAAAAAAAGAUUCUAAAUCUAUGCUCAUGAGAAAAAAUCACGUGGCGGGACUUUCUACACACUUACACACACAGUUCAGUCAAUUUGAAGCGCGAUGUGGUAUCGAGUCGUCAACGAAAACGAUCGAAAAUCGAUCCAAAGGCCUAUUAAACCGAUUUUCUCCCCGAUUCACGGAGGGGAGAGGAACGAAAGAACCCCCAAGUUAGGAGGCCUCGAAAACCCCUCGACACACGACUCCACCACAUUGAUCUUCGGCCAAGUUAAGAUGGCACAAACGUCGUGGCUGAUCCCGUAAAAUCCGACGCGCGCAUCCACGAUUCUCGUCGAUACAAUCGUUCGAUCAAUCGAUUAACACGUCGAUUUUGUCGACAAUUCAACGAAACGGCCUCGUGAAAAUUUCGACAUCACUGUGUUAUAUUAUAAUCUCUUUCUUAAUAUAUCGAUAGCCACAUACGAUGUAACCGCUUGCUUUUCAUUCGUCAUUUUUAACGACGAAGUUUUGACGAAGUCUUCGAUCGAGGUGCCACUCGCGAUAUCCCCGCAUGAAUAAUGCGAAUAAAUGAUGAAUAUGGAAAAAAGAAAAGAAAAGAAAAAAAGAAAAGAGGGUCGAGAUCGACGAGAAUUUUCACUCGCGCGCGUUUAGCGAUUUUUAAAUGUCAGUCGACAAGAAAUCAAAGGGCUCGUGAGAUCCGGCGAAAGCGUGGAUGCGAAUGAGGAUACGAAGUGAAAUGGUUCAACGAACGAGGAGAAAGUAAUAAGAUAGAAGCGACACGUGUUUGGCUUAGCCGGAGCGACGAGUUUCUGUGCAUCAGUAUUACGUUCGAAGAGCGAUACUAAUA